AUGAUUCUCCACAGUCUCACCAAAUAUCGGAGAUUGAAAUCUGCAGAGUCUAUUUUGAGAAAGAUUCUUGUCUCAGGUUCGAUAGACUUGCCUUCGAAGUUGUUUGAAGCAAUACUGUUUUCGUACCGCUUAUGUGAUUCUUCUCCUCGUGUUUAUUAUUCUCUUUUCAAGACUUUUGCUCAUAUGAAGAAAUUUAGGAAUGCCACAAACACCUUUUGUCAGAUGAAGGAUUAUGGAUUCUUCCCAACAGUAGAGUCUUGCAAUGCAUAUCUGAGCUCAUUGCUUCGAUUACAUAGAGCUGAUAUUGCUUUGGUAUUCUAUAGAGAAAUGCAGCGUUGUAGGAUUUCACCGAAUGUUUAUACUCUUAAUAUGGUUAUAUCUGCUUAUUGUAAAUUGGGAAAGUUAGAGAACGCUGUUGAGGUCCUUGAGAAGAUGGAAAGCAUGGGACACUGCGAUAAGGGUCUUUUGAGUUCGGCUUUGAAAUUCAAAAACUUGAUGUUGAAGAAUGGAUUGUACCCGAAUGUGGUUACUUUUAACUCACUUAUCGGUGGGUUAUGUAAAAGCAUGAUAAGGAGUGGUUAUCAUCCUGAUGAGCAUACUUUUAAAAUGCUGAUAUCUAACUUCUGCAAUAACAGGGAUUUUGAUGGAGCAGUCGAAGUCUUGAAAGAAAUGUUUGAGAGAUCCAUUGCUCUUCAUUCAAGCAUCUUAUCUGAUUUAUGUCUAGGACUAUACAGAUGCGGAAACGCGAAAAUGUAA